AUGGCUCCCAUAUACGUGAAGGGAGGAGUUUGGACGAAUGUUGAGGACGCCAUUCUCAAAGCAGCGAUUUCAAAGUAUGGGCUCAACCAAUGGGCUCGUGUGAGCUCUUUGUUGGAGAAAAAAACGGCGAAGCAGUGCAAAAUGAGAUGGCAAGAAUGGCUGGAUCCAAGGAUCAAAAAAAUCGAAUGGACCAAGGAGGAGGACCAAAAACUGCUCGAGCUUGUCCGGCUUCGUCCAAACCAGUGGAAUAGUAUCAGCAUGCUGAUGAAUAGAACUGCAAACCAGUGUAUCGAAAGAUAUCAGCAGCUUCUGGAUGAUAAUCUGGAUGAUUCCGAUUUGCGACUUACAGGAAAUAUGCAACAGGCAGCUUCUGGUUCAAAUUCCUUGAACCUAAAUCCUGAGUCGAAGCCUGCGCGUCCUGAUUUUGAGGACAUGGACGACGACGAACGCGAAAUGCUAAGCGAGGCCCGUGCGAGACUGGCCAACACGCAGGGCAAAAAGGCCAAAAGAAAGGCGCGAGAGAGGAUGCUGGCCGAAAGCCGGCGCGUUGCACUUGUCCAAAAACGCCGCGAGCUCAAGCAAGCAGGCAUCAACUCGAAGUUUCGCACCAAGAAGAAGUUUGCUACGCAAAUGGAUUAUAAUAAUGACGUUGCAUUCGCUAGGGAGCCGGAAGAGGGCAGGUUUGAUACAAGCCAGGAGAAACUACAAAAUCAAAGAGAACGAUACGAAUUUGACGAAAAAGCAGAGCGCAACCAAGCUCCAAACCUGGAGCACGAGAAACAGGAUAAGAAGCGACGGAGACAGGCCGAAGAGGCCCAGACGACUUUUGAAGGAGCGGCCAAGCGCUACGACGACGACCUCGAAUUCAAGAAGCGGAAGCUGGAGCUGAGUGCACCAGAAGAGGACCAGGAAGUUGUGGAUGUUGAUGCAAAGAUCAAAGAUGCGGCCAAGGAGCUGAAUCGUGCCACGCAUGAAAAGUCUAUAUUAUUCACCAAAGUUCACGAGGACGAAGAGGAAGAGAGCCACCCAUUGGAGCCGAGGGAGUCUCUGAAGACCAAGUUGGCCAGGCUGCCUGCUCCAAUGAAUGACUUUGAAAUCAUAGACAGCGACAGCGAGCAGGAGCCGAUGCGAGAGCCGGAACCCAAAACAGAAAAUGUGUCGGUGCGGGAUGUUCCUAAAGAGGAAAGGGCCCAUAAAAUUGCCGAUCUGAAGCUCCCUGCUCCUGAUCCUGGAAGCUUACUAGCCUUAGCCAAACAGUCGUCUGGAGUGGACAGACUCGUUCUGGAGGAGAUGGCCCGUCUGGUCGAAGGGAAGGUGUCUGGAGUGGAUAGGCCAGAAAUUCUAGAAGCGGCUAUAGAAACGGAAUUAUCUGCGCUGGACUACAAUAAGUACGCUGCAGCCGUGGAAAAUGGAUGCGCCACGGACAAUGCAGAGCAGUUACUAAAAAGCAUCAGACUAGUUUCGGAACAGGCUGGUCGACUAGAGCAAAAGUUUGCAGCUUUUACGAAUGGUUAUCUCCGCAACCAGGCAGCCCUGUGCAAAGACAUCGCCAACAAGUACGGGGUGCUCAGUGACCUGGACAGAGAGUGUGCUGUUUACGAGCAGAUAAAGGGGCUUGAGGAGCGCGCAAUCGACUACAGAUCCUCAAGUUUGCAAGAAUCAAUAGACAGAAUGAGCGUUGCCAUUGGCGAAGCCCAGCAGCGCUUACGUAACUGA